AUGUCCACGCAGAAAUGCUUUACACUGGAUCCUUCGGAAAAUAAAAAUUUAGAAGAGCUGCUGAAUAAGCUAUCUCAAUCUAAAAAGCUCAUCCAAAAAAUAAAAAAAAAUGGCCUUCUUCAAAAAGAUGGUACCGAAUCUGUUUCCAAAGAUGACAAAUGUAAAACAAAAAAUGGUCCGAUUAAAACAAUUUGUAAUAAUUGUUUAAAUAACGAAAAUCAUAGAGAAGGUAAAAAUGAAGAAAAUGUGGGCCCUGAUAGAGAACACUCUGAUUUUAUAAGUAAAAAUAACACAUUCAAACUCAGAAAUGAUAGUAUAAACCCUUUGAAGAAAUAUGUUAAUAAAGAUACUUUUAUCUCUUCUAAACAUAACUUAGGCCUUUUGAAUUCCAACGAAAAUUGUCUCUUUCAAAGAAUUCUUAAAACAGUUGAGAAAGAAAAUAUAAAAAAUAAGAAUGAAAAAUUUAAAAAACGACAUAAUAAAUUCCAAAAAGUAUCAAACAAGCUGGAAAAUAUAAAUGACAAGGUGAAUACCGAAAAUACUAAAAAUCAUAAUGAAAAGCAGUUAGUAGAAUCGUUUAUGAAAUCUAAAAUAAUUACACUUGAUAAAAAUCAUAUAAAUGGAAAAACUAAAAACAAAAAAAAAGGAAAAGGUUAUUUCAAUAAUAGUAAAAUACGAUAUUAUUCUGCAAAUAAUGUUGGAAAAUGUUUAGUAAAUAAGGAAACCGGAUAUAUUCAUAAAAGUUGUAUUGCAAAAAACGGAAAAAAUAAUAAAUGUUCGAAUCCAAGUAAAGGUAUUAACAAAAAUGUAUCAUUCCAAAAUAUCAAAGAAGAUAAUAUUAUUUGUAAAAAAAGAGGAAAAAAUAUAUCCAAGAAUGAUUUACAAAAUCAUAAUGACAGUGAUGAAAAUAGUAAAAUGUAUAUAAACGGAAAUAGACACAACAAAGGGAAAAAAAAAAUACGAAAUAAAAAUGAUAGGAAAUAUAAAACUAAAAAAUUAAAUAAUAUUGUUUUUGAUAGCAAGACCAAACAAAGUAAAAAUUAUGUUAACCGUAAAAUAAAGUUAUGUAAUAAGAAAUUGGAAAAAAACAACCAUCAAUCUUUUUAUACAUUUAGCAAAAAUUUUCAAUUGGUGGGAUUAAAAAAACGGAAAAAAAAAAACUUCGAAAUAUUGUCUAAGUCAAAAUAUGAAAGAAUGAAUGUCUUAUCGAAAUUUUCGAAAUUAUCAAAUGAAUCAUCUAAUGAAAAAGUAAAAAAUGAAACAAAUUGCAAAGAGAAAAUAAUAACUACUUAUCCGAAUAGUAGAGACGAUGAUACAGAAAAUCCCAUGAACAUAAAACUUCAUACUGGUAAAACAGGCUGUUCAAAUAUAAUGUUAAAAAAUAAAGAAAAACAUAUUAUCAAUGGAAUAGAGAACUACCCAAAUGAUAUAAAUAAAAGUGAUCAGGAAGAUGCGCCAAAAGAGAUGGAAACACAGAAUCAGAUGAAAAAGGUUAAAGAAAACCAUAAAGACAAUAUUAAAUGUGAGAAUUUCCAAAAAAAUAAUGCUAAAGAAAAGGGUAUAAAACAUACAAUCGUCAAUAAAUUUUUUGAUAAUGACAAAAGAAAAGAAAAAACGAUUAUUGACAUAUUAUCAUUUUAUGAUAAACGCAAAAAUAAAUUAAAACCUUUAUUAGUAGAGGAAAACAAUUAUUUAAAAUACUUGAAAGAUAAUAUUUUAGUAGGCACUAACAUAUGCAAUGAUAUAUCCCCUAACGGAAAUAGUAACAUAUCUAUUGAUACCUAUACUAAUGAAUUCAUUAGAAAGUUUACUAAUUCAUACAAUAAUAUUUGUGAAAAAUACGCAAAUGAAUGGAAAUGUGAAAAUUUUGUCAUAAAAGAUGAAUUUAAAAAAGAUAAAUCAGAGAUUAAUGAAUGUUUGUGCCAACUAAAUAAUUACAUACUUGAAAAGAUUAAACUAAAUAACGAAUGUGAAAAAUUAAUAAAUUCAUUUCUAAAUAAUGAUAAUAUUAAUGAUAAUACCAAAAAAGAAUUCAUAUUUAAUUGCAUAUAUAACGAUCAGAUUAAUUUUUUGGACAUAUAUAAUCAAACAGAAAGCAGGAUUAAGAAAAUUAAAAAAUAUCUAAAUGAAAUUGAAAGGGGAAAUAUAGACAAAAAACAAAAAUCGGCAUUUAACUAUAUCGAAGUAGUUCCUUCAAGGUCUAUUAAUAUAAACCCUAUAAAUAAUAAAAAUAUAUAUUCAUAUAUAAGAAGAAAAAAAUUAUAUAUUAAAAGGUCUAAUUUUUUUAAGAAUUGCCAUUUAGCAGAAUCAUUAUUUAAAUUAAAAAAAAAACGUGUCUACAUAAUAAAACUAUAUAUAUUGCUUUCACAAAAUAUAACAAAAAGAAUGAAUGAGAAAUGCAACAUUAAUUUGAAUAUAUUUUUAAAUGACAUUAAAAUAGACAGUCGUUAUUAUUGUUCAUUUACUUCAAAUAAUAGUAAUAAAAUUGGCUUAAAAAGACAUUGCCGAUCUAUUUCGAAUAAUAAUAGUAUAUUUUUUAUAAAAAAAAAUAAAUAUUAUUACUGCUACACCAUUUUGGAUAAUAUAAAUAAAAGUUAUCGGAAAUAUCCUUAUAUAAAUUCCAAUAAAAUAACUGAUAAAUUAAUUUGUAAAUAUUCUGAUAUAUUAGAUCAUGCUCAAAGCAGUAAUUCUACUUGUGUAACUGAUAAAGAUAUCAUAAUAAAAAAGGGUCAAAGCUUUAAUGAAAAAAAACAUGAAAACGACAAAAUAAAGGGGAAGCAUUUUCUUUGUGAUAUUACAAAUAGUGUUAAUCAAUUUAAUUUUACAAAAAACGAUCAUAAUGAUAGUAGUGCCUUUUAUUUAAAAAGUAUGGAGAAUAUAAAAAGCAAUGGAACAACCAAAUGCACAGAAAAAGAUUCAGAGAGCGAAAAAAGCGAAUGUUUUACUGAUGCUCAAGAUAUUAACAUAGAUAAAUUUUUUGAUAAGAGUAUAAAUAUAAUUACUUCUAAUAUUAGUUUUUCCAAAUCGAUAGGCAAAAAUAUUAAUCGCAUAAAUACAAAUGAUAACAAUAAUGAAAGACCAAGCCUUAUAAAUUCAUACGGUUUAAUAAAAUCGCUAAAUAUUAAAAAUAAUUUUAUUAUUGAAGAUAAUAAUAAUGAUAAAAAUUUGGGGAAUUGCUUGAGGGAAAAUUCUAAUAUGCAUAAUAAACUUGGCUUAUCACAAAAGAACAAAGACACAAAUUUCAUAUUAUCCAGUAGAAAUGAAUAUUUAAUAAAAUCAAUUAAUUUAGAUAGAAGUAAUAGGAAUACUACGUAUUUAGAAUUUUCUAAUAAUAAGAAGAACAAAUUUUCAAAUGAUCCAAAAAUUGAUUCAUCAGGAAUCAUAAAAAGUGAAUAUCUUAAUAUAAGUAAUAUGUUACAGGAUAGAGAAGAAAAAAAUAAAGACACAUUUCGUAUGAAUAUUUAUGAAUCAAAUAACAUGAAUAAAAAGGGAAAUGCUUCUAAACUAAAUAGUUCGUAUACAAAUAUUAUGAACAUUAUUUGCAAUAAUAAAACCAAACUAAGACAGGAAUAUAACAAAAACAAUAAAAAUGAAAUAGACGCAAUAAACAAAGAAAUAUUAGAUAAAAUCAAGAAAUUACGAAACAUUUCUACAAAAAAAAAAAAAAAAAAUCCUCAAAAAGUCACAUCGAAAGUGUCAUUGCGCAAACAUAAUGAAAAAGAUACCAGUCAAAAUGAUACAUUGGAUGAUCAGUUAAAUUAUGAAAACAAACUAAACAAUAUAUCAGGACUAUACCAACCUCAAAAAAAAAAUAAUGAUAAUAAUAUUCGCAAAAAAUACCUUAAGAACAGACUCUCCACUAAUUCCGACAUAUACAAUUCGAAAGCAAAAAAAAAAAGUGAAUAUUUUGAUAAUCAUUCUAGAGAAAUGCUCAGCAUUAUCGAUUCGGAUAACUAUGUAAAGGAUAACCAACAGAAUGAGAAAAAUACCUACAAAUAUUUAUAUCGCAAUAAUAUUAGAAGAAAACCACGCAAUGGGAGCACAAAGGAUGACAACGUAUCAUAUGAUACCAAAUAUGAAUUAGAAAAAUUAAAGUACAAUAUUAUUGAGUAUAAAAAUGGCAAUGAAACGGGUGGAUGUAGCAUAUAUAAUGAUAGUUCUCCAAAAGAUAUAUUGAAUAAGAGUAAGAUAUUUAAAAACACGAAAAAAAAGGAAUCAAAUAAAUUAGAGAAAUGUAGCGAAAGCAUAUUGGAAUAUUAUAAAAGUUAUAACCAAGAAAAUAUCGUCCCAUAUAAUGAAGAAAUAAAAAAUAGUUUAAAUGAGGAUGCAUCUUAUGAUGUUUGUAAGUACAACCAAGGGCAUCAAUUCGAUAUUAAUAGUAAUUAUAAUACGGAUGAGGAAUCUAAUGACAUCAAAUUAUGCUUAUCAACUAAAAAUAUGGUUACUGACGAAAUGGACAAAAUUAUUGAAAAGCUUAGAAAAUGGAAUAAAGAUCUAGAAAAUGAUAAUAAUUAUAUACAAUGCAUAUAUUGCAACAAAUAUUUAUUUAAAUUAAAAAAAUUUAAUUUAGAAAAAAGUAAUAAUGUUAACAAAAAUGAUUAUAUAUGCAUCAUUUGUAAGCAUAAAAUAAAAAUAUUAAAUAAAUACAACAAUAAUUCAAUAUUAGAAAAUGCUUUAGAUAUAAAAAGGGAACAUGCUGAUGAUCUAUUAACUGAAAAUAAGAAUAAUGGAAAUAAUAAAUUUGAAGGAAGUGUGUUAUAUUUAAACGACCCUAGGCUUGAAAAUAUGUCUUAUGAAAAUAACUUGAAAAAUAAUAAUUCAACUGAUUCUAAUUCUCAAAGUGAGAAUGUUCACACUGUCUUCGAUAACAUUGAUCAUUUGAAUGAUCUAAAAAAUGAAUACUUACAUUAUGAUACAUCGAAUUCUAAUAUUGAGUAUAAUAAUGAAAUUGGCGCAUUGGAAAUUAUUGGCAAUCAAUUAAAUCAUGAUAAAAUUAUAAAACCAUCUUUCCAUCUUAUCGCUUCUAAAAACAAUAAUGAUAAUAAAGACAGCGAAAGUGAUCAUGAAAGUAAAAAAUUUACACAACCUAAUAAUACCCCUCUUAAAAAUUCAUGCUUAAUUAAUAUUAAAAAAGAUGUGCAUAGUAGCGAAGUAUACUCUAAUAGAGAUAAUAAUAGUAGUGAAAAUUCAAUAGACGCAAAUAAAAACGUAUAUAAAUUUUUCAGUCAUGAAAAUAUUAAAUAUGAGAGUAAUAGCAAUUUUAGUUUCAGAAUAACGCAUAGCAAUUGUACAGAGUAUAUUAACCAAAGAAAACAUAACAAAUGGGUUCGAAAUUUGCAUCUAAAAAAUAAUAAUGCACAUCACAAUUAUAUAAAUACAUGUACAUCAAGUAAAUCUAAGAAAAUAGAAAAUAAUGGUAAAAUUGAGCACCACCAAAAUAAAGUUCAAAAAAAUCGAAAACAAUAUAAAAGAAUAAAAAAUAACAAACAAAGCAUACAAAGUGAUUAUUCUAAUGAUAUGGACGGAGACGAAAUUAUUGGUUACAUUAAUGAUUAUCGUGAUAAUUUUAUAAAAUCUUCAUAUCCCAAUUUUAAUUAUUUUCAUAAUAAUAACCAUGAAGAUGAUGAUCAAACAGAUGAUAUAUUCGCUGGAAAUAAUUACAAACAUUUUCAAAGCAAUGUAAGCAAUUUAAAUAUUAAAAAUACACUUUUAAAACAAAUAUUAUGUAAUAUUCCACACUCAAAUUAUAAAAAAAAUGCCAGUCUUUUAAGCAAAAAUAAUCAUUCUUCAAAUCCAUUGUUAGAAGAACAAAGAAUACAUUGGAAACAUUAUUCUAAUAAUUCAAAUAUAAAUAAAAAUAUAUAUAAUUUAAAUUACAAGUAUUUAUUUACAUCCUUUAGUGAAAAAAACUAUCCCACAUAUUCUGAUGAUGAUGAUAAUGAUUCGAUGUUCGAUAGGAUAAAUAGCAACUUUAUAUAA